UUUGUUUUUCAUCUUUUUAAUUGUAAUAAACUUACUAUUAAAAUAUAUAGACCAUUCUCAGACUCAGAAUGCCCAGAAGCUCCAUUUUACGAUGUUUUGCAAAUAAUACUUAUGGUAGUACUGAUCGAAUCUCAGGUCUAACUUAGGAUGCUUGUGUACUGGUAAUCUUUCAUCUAAAUGCCAAACUGUAAUGCUCACUUCUGGUCUAGUGACCAGAGACCAGAAGAAAGGAGAAGAUGGAAUGGAGAAAUCAACACUUAAAGCUUGCUUGCUAUCCCAUUUCAGGAGAAAGAUACAGCAAUGCGCUGGCUUUCCAUCUUCAACAACAUAGCUGAUCAGCUUUAUUACCCCUGUGAGCAUAUGGCCUGGGCUGCUGAUGCUGAAAUUAUCCAUGCCAACUCAAGUAGGUGGUGGACAUUCAGUACAACUCUCUGGGGCUUUUCUCUGCUGCUGGGAAUUGCACGAGCUCUCCGAAUUUUAUUACUCCUAAGAAGAAAGCAGCAUACAGAAUCCAGAACGUCUUUUCAUGAUUCGCUCCUUUUGCACCAGUUUCUUCGGCUUUCAACCACAUCCUUGAAUUUGAGGGCCAACACAUCUCAUCUACAUGGGAGAAGUCCUGAAACCCUCUCUCAGACAAGAGCCCUACAAAAAGGAUUCAACAAAGAUCUGUGUUGUCUGUCAGGAUUAUAAUUCAUCAAGCGUUUCAUGUGAUGUGAGGGAGACCAUAGUUUGUUUUGUUUUGACAACAACCAACACAAGUAAUCCUAUCAAAUGUAAUGUCAAACAAAGAUAACACUUCAAAAGUAGGACAUAUUUUAAGGUUCGCUUUAUGAUUUAUGGUUUCAUGGAUUGACUCAAACAGGUUCAGGCUUUAGUUGUAUCUGAGGUUCCACAAUUAUCCUACAGUAGAGAAACAGUUGCAAUCAUUGCUUAAAAAAAUAGCCAUAAUUUGGUGUGACAGUAUCCCAUUUGAUCAUUACAGUAGUGCACAAAUUUGACAAAAAAAAUUAAAACACUGAAAACCAUCAACUUUACAAAUAAUUAAAAGGAGAGUUACAUAGAAUGAUUACUAUGUAAUAACCACUAAAGGAGUAUCUACGUACAAAGUUGCUAUGAUUUUGUCUAAAGAGAUAGUUGCUGUGACCCUUCAACUUAAAAAUCCAUUGAAGAAGCUUCAGGCCGACGUAGUCACAUAGAGAAGUAAAGCGCAAAAUGAGCUUUUCAGACUUAAGCCACUAGAGGCAGAGAACUUCUCAAUAAAGUCAUAGCCACUUUUUACUACAAAGAAACUUUUUUUGUUCGUCAGUAAGACGGGAAAAGGAAAUAAAAAUGCCAUCCAUGUUCUAAAGUGCUUGGGUUCGUCUCAUACCAUCCAUAUAUAUCAGAAAACACUGAUAAGCAUGGCACAAAUGGUCAGUCAGAAUGCAAUUCACAAACAUUGCAAGUACAAUAAAAUUACUUAAAAGGGUUUUCUUUAUGUGUGUGUGUGAUGCAGCUGGUAGAUCUACACAAAGAGCUUAAAAGCUAAUUAAAACAAACCAUUUUCUGUCAUGGUUGCCUACUUAAUGAUGUCAUCAUCAGAUUCUGGACGAUAGUUUUCUAAGCUGGGAAGAGGGGGGGGUUAUAUUAAAGUGAAUGGCACCAUGGCUUCUGCCACGCGUGGACUGUUAAUAGUCUUCUCUUCUGGCCUCCAAACUUCCUAAUGGCUCUAGAAGGAAACCAAGGUCUCCAUGCCGUCAAAAGAACACGAGGAGGCCCCACAAUAAAACAAGACCCAGAGUACAAGACUUUCACCUAGAGACACUGUUCAUGUGCAACAAGGUGGGAGAAACCGGACUUUUCCAUUACCCACUCUCAAACAAGCACUUGUGAUGCUAGGAGACAAAUACAACGUGCAGAGUGUAAAACUGGGGAAAAGUUAACAACUUCAGCAGCUUGCAUCUCCAGUAUUUUUGUGAUCUGAAGAACAGACACAGAAGAGAGGCAGUGGACGUUCCCACAGGGAAUGACAUCCUUUGGCGAGAGAGAAGCUCCACUCAAAACAUCUCAAUCGGUUAUUAAGUUAAGAAUUUCUUCAUUUCCUUCAUUUGAACCGGAAACAACUUGGCAUCCAAUGUAAUUCUGACCUGCGUUUCCUCUUCCCACCCCCCUCCCCAGAUCCAAAAUAUCUGGAAAGGGUCUGGAAAAUUGGGCCUGCUGCUGUGUGGGCCAGUUACUGCAGCAAGGGUCUUCAGCAGGAACAAAAAUCCAGGACC